UACAUAGCAAGUGCCAAAUAACUGCAUGUCUGGUCAUCUCUGCCGUCCAUAAAUAUCAUAUUACCGCGUUUUGUUUUGUUUUUUUAAAUCUCGUGUUUGGUGUCAUGUAGGCGGAUAUUUACAAAAUCCGUUAUUUAAGGCAAGACGUAAAAGUGAGUCGUUCCUGUGUUUUUACAACAACCCUGGCACUGCGGAGUGACACCCUCCACACCAUAAUAGCGACUAUAUCGAUAACUACAGUCCGCUUUUGUGCGCCCUGCCCCCGCCACCGGAGCAGCGAUGCCUCCCGGUGUUGUGACCGCGCCACGGAGCUCAUCAACCGGCUGCUUCUGCGCCUGCUGCGCGGGGACGAUGAGACCUUAUUUCACCGAGAACUCAGUGAUCUCUCAGGGGGAAAUAUAUCAGCUCAUCAGUGAAAGUUUCCUGACAGUUAAAGGAGCUGCUCUCUUCUUACCUCGAGGAAAUGGCUCCUCCGCUUCCUCUGCCUCUCGCUUCUCACAGCUGCGCAGCAAACAUGCAGGAGACAUCCAGCAGCAUCUACAAACCAUGUUCACUGUCCUCAGACCAGAGGACAACAUCAAACUGGCGGUCCGUUUGGAGAGCGCCCAUGCUCAGGUCACCCGCUACAUGGUGGUGGUUUCAACCAACGGUCGCCAGGACACAGAGGAGAGCGUGGUACUGGGUAUGGACUUCAGUCCCGUAGACAGCUCAUGUUCGGUAGGGCUUGUUUUGCCCUUAUGGAGCGACACGUUGAUACAUCUGGACGGAGAUGGGGGUUUCAGCGUGUCAACUGAUAACAGAGUGCAUGUAUUCAAGCCUGUUUCUGUGCAGGCCAUGUGGUCGGCCCUCCAGUCGCUCCAUAAAGCUUGCGAAGUGGCUCGUUGUCACAACUACUUCCCAGGCAGCUUGUUCCUCACCUGGGUCAGCUACUAUCAAAGUAGGGUCUCCUCCGACCAGGCACGAAUCAACGAGUGGAACGCCAUGCAGGAUGUGCAGUCACACCGUGCCGAUUCACCCGUCCUCUUCUCUGAUGUACCUACCGAAAGAGAACUGACAGAGCGUCAGAUCAAAACCAGUUUGAGGGAGAUCAUGAUGCAAAAAGACCUCGAGAAUGUCACCUGCAAAGAGAUCCGCACAGAGCUGGAAAUGCACAUGACAUGCAACCUCCGAGAGUUCAAGGAGUUUAUCGACAAUGAGAUGAUUGUCAUUCUGGGUCAGAUGGACAGCCCCACAGAGAUCUUUGAUCAUGUCUUCUUGGGAUCUGAGUGGAAUGCAUCCAAUUUGGAGGAGUUGCAGAAGAGCGGGGUUCAGUACAUCCUGAAUGUAACAAGGGAGAUCGAUAACUUCUUUCCCGGUGUGUUUGAGUACCACAAUAUCCGUGUUUACGAUGAGGAGGCCACUGACCUGCUUGCCUAUUGGAACGACACCUAUAAGUUUAUAUCUAGAGCCAAGAAAGCCGGGUCCAAGUGUCUGGUGCACUGUAAAAUGGGUAUAAGUCGAUCUGCAGCCACGGUGAUCGCCUACGCCAUGAAGGAGUACGGCUGGGAUUUGAAAAAAGCCUUUGAUUACGUGAAGGAGCGUCGAGCUGUGACCAAACCCAACCCCUCUUUCAUGAGACAGCUGGAGGAGUAUCAGGGCAUACUGCUGGCCAGCAAGCAGAGGCACAACAAACUGUGGCGUUCUCACUCCGAUAGCGACCUGUCAGAGCACCAUGAGCCACUGUCUAAAUCCUACGCCCAACCUCACAGCCUGGGCCGCUCCGACCCCCAUAACCAGGCCAGCAGCCCACUCGGUCCCUCUGUGAAAGAGCUGCUGGAAUCACUGGGGACUUCAUCCAGCACUGGCAAAGCAACACACUCCACUAGCCAGCCUGAUACUGGCAUCCAGUUCAGCUCCUCAUCCUUUGAGGGGGUGGCAUCACUAUCAGGUGACACUGAAGCUCGAAGCCUCGAGGCUCCCUCUCAUUCUGCUGUAGCCCAGAUCGACCCCCCUUGUCCUGAGUCCGCAGCUGGCUCUGUGUCUCCGCUAUCUCCUCCGCUCUCCAACGGGGUAUGUGACUCUGAGGUGCAGCCGUCGUCACCUCCUCUCUCCCAGCCAAGGGCCGCCACUGUGGUGCCUGAGCCUCAAAAGACAGACAUGGUGACUGUUGCAGAAAGUGUUUUGCUGGGCCAACCUCACCCACCUCCAUCCCUUCACCACCUCCCCCUCUCUCCAGCUCCGUCCCCGACUCCAACCUGCGCGGAUGAGGUUAUCAAACCACAGGUGUCGUCCUGUUCUCUGCCUGUGAUUAAACCGAUGCAAGCGUCAGUGCCUGAGCCCAUGACAACACAAACACCAAGCACACAACAAGCUGGACCCCAGUGUCUGCCUGCACCAGUGCCUGUCAGAAAACAAGACUGUGACCCACACACGUGUGGCUCGUCUUUGGAUGGUUCAGCAGCCCAUCCUCCCCUCACUAGUGAUUUUAACAGCUACCCCAGUGCCAUUCCACAAGACAACAAAGUGUUGUUCGGCCACAGUGCGGAUCACAUUAACUUUUUCAGUGCCAGGGAAAAGUUCAAGGGAAUGACUCAAGAUGGUAAGACUCAUAGUGCUGCGGUGCAGCAGUCGGCCCAGCUGAAGAGUUGUGGCAAGGAACAGCAACCACUGCCUCAGGAGGUCUCCGCUAGUGAGGGAAAAGAGGAGGAGAAAAGAAAGCAAAUCCCUGUGCAGGUCACAGGACUGAAGCCUGCAGUGCACACAGAGGCUUCACCUCCUGGCCCUCUCAGCCAACUGGGUCAUGAGGGCCCCCAGGACCAGGAAGUGAGGAAGUCAAAGCAGGAAAUAGAGGAUAGUUGUGUUUUUUCACAGAAGGAAGCUCAGAAUGUAAAAGAGGAAGUGAAAAACAAAGAAGACGAGGAGGCGGCUCCUGCUCGUCUCUACAGCGAUUGGACAAGGGGCUCUGUGCGGCGUGUGACGCGACAGCUGGAGCAGCGAAUGAAACAGGAGCAUGACUCUCCAUCACCCUCUUCGUCCCCGCCGUCCCACUCCAGCAGCUCUUCCUGCUCUCAGUGGCGUCCAUCCGGCGCAACAAUGUCACAGGUGUCAGUGGAUAGCGCUGUGCAGGAAGACAAAGAGGAGGAUGAUGGGAAGUUUGGUUCAAUGAAGAGGGAGAGUGGUGAUGUAUUUGAGACGGGGGAACUAGGAAAUGAUGACGGAAGCACAAAAGAACACAAAUUCCAGCCUGCUGAUACUCGAUCGCUCUCUACCUCUUCUUCUUUCCACCACUCAGCCCACUCUCCCUUUGCCUCUGUGAACUUCCUGUGUUUGGAGGGCGUGACAGAACUGGAGUCGGGCACGGACUGGGACUGCUCCACAGAGGUACCUCAUAGUGACAUUAUCAUGAGGGAGACAUGGGAGACUUUGUGCGAGCUGGGCGCCUUUCUGCAGCAGGUGAGCGUGGGCGGAGCCCGCAAGGCCAGGUGUGUGGACCAGGUUUUUGGCCUCAGCGCUGGAGCAACACAGAAGCGAGGCAGCAGCACCCAGAAGAGGGUCAGAGAGGUGGAAGCCAGGAUCCGCCAGGCGGGGCUGACCCCUCCAUCCCUGAUGAAGCGCUCAGCAUCUCUGGCUAAGCUGGGCUGUCUGGAGCUGCUAGCCAACGACCUGAGUGAGUGGGAGCUCAGCCGCUCCUCUGUGGCUCCGUCCUCAGCAGAACCUCCCAUCCAUACAGCUAGUGAUGAGUCCAAGAAGCAGCGGGUCCACAACUCUCCUUCCUCACCCAGCCAGCAGCCUGAAGUCAUCGGGAUCGGUGCAGAGAGGCUUUCCGAAGCUGGAGAAACCUCAUCAGGAGUCUCUCCAUCAAAUCAGACUCCGCAGAGCUGUGUACUCCUUAACUCUAGCCAAGACUCUCUGCAUUUGCCUGGGCCCACACUUAUGACAACAAGGCAGCAAUAUGGAAGGACUCACCCUCUGAGGCGGCUUAAGAAAAGAACUGUUAGUACCCUUUACCACACCAUGUAACCCUCACCAUAUGUGUGUCUGUCUGUCUGUGUGUGUGUGUGUGUGUGUGUGUGAGAGAGAGAGAGGGAUCUUGUGCACCUGUGAGAAAAUGGAAAUUUACAGCGUAUGUUGGAUUGAUUCAGCAAAACGAACCAAUGCCUCUUGCCUUAAAGGAUAUGUUUAUUAGUUUUCUGUAUGUUUUUUUUUUUUCCCCUGCAGAUCCGCCAAGAGCGUCUGUGAAAUCUAAUAUGAGGCACUUGUCUCAGUGCAAGAACAAUUACAAGGCUAUGAAGGUUAAUUUAAAUGAUUCAAAUUGAAACAAACACUGUGUAGUAUAAACACUUGUAACAUAAGUCAUUCAAAAAGCAACAAAACCAAUCAUCGAGUUUUAUACGAGUAACUUGUUUUAGACGUUGAUAAGCCUGAGCCUGUAUUUAUUCACUCUCUACAUCAUUGCUGGUUUUUCCAUUCUCAACUUGACACAUUUACUUGAUCGCUGUUGGUGGAUUGAAUAGUCCAACCUGGUGUUUGGUGGAAUGUAGCCUCUGUUUUCCUCCUCUUCAUGUCUCUUCACCUCAAUGUUUAAUAAUCGUGCUGGAUAGCUGCAAAGGAAAUUAUUCGGCUGUUUCUUCUGGUACAAGCUGACAGGUAAAUGAAUCCAUUCAACACUCCUGCACCGACGAUUACACAAAACAAACAUGUACAGAUCAAACUUGGGAGUCAUUUAGCAGAAAUACUGAUAAUAAUGUCAAUCAAAGUCAGUUCUGCUGUCUUGAGACUGAUGCUAAAUGUGGGGUCGUGGUAGCAGCUGCGCAUUUAAACACGUGAGAGCUCAGGUGGAAUCUCUGACCACACAGGUUAGCGUUUUCAGCGGCUGUUAGGUGUUCAAUCGUUACAUUUCUGCACAUUUGAACUAACUGGCUCACAAUGAAUCCCAAUAGGAAGGCAAAUCCAGAACCGGUGACAGAAACAUCAGCUAGGUUUAUUGCGAUUUAUUGAAAGAAAUUGGAAAGAGAAGAGGGAUGCUGUGUUCGUUUGUUUUGUUUUUUUGUUUAUUUUUUCAACUACACAAUACCUCAAUAAGUCUGAACCAAAUCUGACCUGCACACAACUGUCAUGCUCUGGAUUCCUGGAAUGUCCGUCUUAAUCAGCAACUGUUUCAAUUUCACUACUCAAUAAACUGAGGUAAACUCAUCUCUCUCAUGUCUUCUCACAGUUCUGAUGCCACUCAAACUAGAUGUUUUGUUUUUGUAUGUGUUACUGUGUCGGGGAGGAAGGGUUAGGUUGGGGAGUUGGAGUUAAAAGGCAGAGUGUAUAUUUGUGAGUUUCCUGCUUUGUUCUGUUCUGGGAUGUAAAGAUCUGUAAUGUGAGUUGACAUUUUAGGAACUGUACAUGUUUUUAUAUCUGGCUUAAGUCUGUGUGAGAAGUGACUGUAGCACAACUUUACCAUGUGGGUGUGUACUUUUUUUUUUUUUUUAAACUGAUUAUUGUCCCUUUUGUAUGCAUUUUAGGGGUGUGCCUGUGACUGGCAAGUGAAGCUUCUCUGCAGUCUAUCAGAAAUGUCUGUACAGGGAGGUCUGUCAUACAUGCACUUUACUCCCUUUUUAAUUUUAAUCUGUUUUUUUUUUGUUUUUUUUUUUAAAUGUAUGGUUGCUACUUUCGGGGAACAUGCUUAGGUAGUAAGCGGUUGUUGGGUAUGCGUGUGUAUUAUUGAAAUCUUUUUUUUUUCCCUUUUUUAUUUUAAACUAUCAGUGUAAAUAUUCUUUUAUAUUAUGUGCUUCAACUGUGACCAUUAAAACAAUGGAGAUUAA